UAACUUCUGUUAUGAAUUGACGCUAUAUAAAUAAAAUUUAAUUGAAUUGAACUGAAGACGAGCAGGAAGCCUUGACGUGGGUUGAUCUGCUGUUUCUGCUUGUCAGCAGUGUGUCAGUUGAGUCAAUGUGUUCAUUUAUUAAAACUGGAGUCACAGAAAGCCUAUUAGAGCUGCAGGUCUGAGUCCCACCAGUCUGACUGAAAAGACUAAUUAAGCAGAGCAGAUAAUUAAUCCCAGCAUCCUUCUCAGAGGAAACUAAACUCUGCUGUUUUGACCUCGGGGCCAAUUAGCUUUGUGAAACAACGACAGCAAACUGCUGGCAGAGAUUCCUGAAGGGAUGAACCGCAGACUAAUUAGAUUUUACAGUUUAAACCUCAGAGGAAACAUGUUCCUUCCUCUGAUUUACUGUUUCAAUAUUGUCGCCGGAGGAGAUAAUAUCAGAGUGCGAUUUUUGUUUGAUUUCAGUGAUUUUUUUAGUAGGAAAUACUGCUGUGAAGAAUACAUACACUUAAUAUUUCUCCUGAAACACAUUUUCCCUUUAGCUAAAACACUGUCAUUGUCUUAUCUAACUGACGGAUAAGGUUAAAAUCAAUAUAAUUUGGUGAAACAGAGACGAAUGAAAUGAAAAGAAAAUAUCAGCAUGAUGUACAGAAACAGAACAAAAAACAGCAGAAUAAACUGUCAAGAUAAUAAAAUACUAUAACAUCAUUACAGAGUUUUCAUAUAGCUAGAUAAUUUGCUAUGUAGUAACAACGCUUGGGUCUAUAAAAUGUCACAAAAUAAUGAAAAAAUGUCCAUCACAAUUUCCCAAAUUGACAUCUUCAAAUGUCUUUUUUUGUCCGACCAACAGUCCAAAAGCCAAAGACAUUACAGUAAUAGAGAAUGAAGAAAACCAACAAAUAUUCACAUGUGAGGGCUGGAAACAACACAUUUUUGGCAUUUUUGCUUAAUAAAUGAUUUGAACGAUAAAUCUAUUAUUAACUGACUAAUCAUUUCAGCUCUAGAAAACAGAAUUUGGUAGGUACUACUGCAAAAAGCUUGUCAUUAUAACAUGAAAAAAUUAUGAACAUGAAUAACAUGUAAAACAUAAGAAAUAUCAGGAGGAACUUUCCAGCCUUCAACAUCUCCUGGAGACAAGAAUAAACUGAAAUUUCAAAACAAAUCAACUGUCAGGAUAUUGAAGGAUUUCAACUGAAUGAAGUCAGCUGACUGAUAAAACUAAAUCUUUAGUCCGUCUGCUUCUCCUCUAAAGGAUUCAGGGACUUUUAAAUUUGUUCAAACUGGUUUUAGUCAGAGUGCUGCUGCAUGUGGGAUCAGUCUUCCCGUGAGACAUUUGGACUUCAGCUAUAAGACAAAGCGAGAGAGGACAGAGUUCUUUCUAAGGACGAGCUGAUGAUGAACCACAACAGGUAGGAAAGUUUAUUUUGUUGCUUAAUUUUAUUUAUUUUUGUACAAAUAAUUGAUUGUAAUUGUUUGGUUAUCGUCUGAUUAAAACAAACUGUUUGCAAUGAUAGUCCAAAAUUGAGGAGGCCAUAUGAGGAUAUUAUCAAAUUUAAAAUUGAUUUUUUUCUGACAUGAUACCUUACUGGCUCGUUUAUGUUCUCAUGUUUACAACUUAAAUACUGUAUGUUGUUAAUUAGUAAUUCAUUUGCUCAUAAUUAGAAUUAUGUUUUGUUUUUGUCUGUUAUUCUGAGUUUAAUUAUUAAGGAUUUAAUUAUGAGGUUAAAUGGAUUUGACAAACAGUUUUGUAGAGAUCAGAUUUUUCAAUGUCUAUAAUGUUCUGUAUAGCAAAACAAUAUAUAUAUAACAAAUCAUACUAUAGAGAGAUCUACUGUACUCAAAAUACAAUGUUUUACUUCAAAUGUUUACUUGAGUUUUUCCAAUUUACAGUACUUUAUACUUCUACUGCACUAUACAUUUCAGAGAGAGAUAUUUGUCUUAUUUAUCUUUGUAUUUGGUUUACCGCUGCAAUUACUGGGUACUUUACAGAUUUACAAAACCUAUGAUACUAAGUAAAUUUUACUGAUAAUUCUUCUGUACUCUUACCCAAGUAAAAAUUGAGUGCAGAACUAAUUGAGUAUUCUUACAGUGUGGUAUCAUUAUUUUACUUUUACUUAAAGUAUCUGAAUGUUUCUUCCACCACUAUCUAUUAUUUGAAACAGGCCAUUAUUAGAGACAUGCAUUUAUUUCUAAUUCUCCCUGUUUUAAAAAUGUAUUUAAUCAUGUCUUAGAAUCAGUGUCUUGAUAAAUUCCUGUGUAAUGUACAUUUCCGCAACACAAAUUCCAUCAGUACAACAGCUGUGUCAUAUUCACCACUCUCCUACAAUGAUACUUUUUACAUUCACCAAUUAAUUCAAUUUGUUCUACUUUCUCAUUCUUGCACUUAAGCUACUAUCAAUAAAACUUAACACUACCUGCAAAGAUGUUUCACAUUAAAAGCCUUCCAGCAUCUUUAAGGGCAUAAUCCUUCUCUUUCCUGUCAUGCUUUUCAUGUUAAAUAUCUGCAGGAAGUGUAUAGUUUCACGAAAAGUAGCUGAAGGAAAGAACAACAAAGUAGAAGCAUUUGGAACAGAACAGUAUUUAUGUAAGAAAAAACUAAUACAAUUAUUGCUGUGAAAUUGACAUCAUACUGAAUUGGAACCCAGUAAUGUUUUUUAAUGAGCCUUAUUAGAGACUGGCCUUUAUUUGUGUCCAGGCCAUUAUUUGAAUACCAACUGUACAGUAUUUUGAAAAAUUUACAUAAAAUAUGCAUUUCCUUACAAACAUGUUUAUAUAAGUAUGCGUAUACACAGAAAUAUAAACUGUGCAUGAAUGGAUACCUGUAUAUUUGUUUGUAUGUGUAUGUAUGUAUCUAUUUAAGAGGUAUGUAAGAGUAUGCAAGCUUCUUUCUUAUUUUAUUUAAAUAAUAUUUAAAUAAUAAUAUAUUGUUUGAUUUACUUUUGCCUUGUUUAUACCUUUGGCAUACUUUCCUUCUUUAACCUACAUUUUCCAUGUAAGUCAGCAGAAUGAUAAUGUGUAAGAUUUGAGUCAAGGACUAUAUCUGUUCUCUCAAUAUAAGUUCUUAUAUAUACAUAUAUACACAUAUAUGUGAUAUAUAUAUGUGUAUAUAUAUAUGUAUAUAUAUGUGUGUAUAUAUAUAUAUAUAUAUAUAUAUCAAAAACAUUUUCUCCACUGUUUUCUCAGAAACUUGUGGUGACCACAACAGCAGCAGCAUAACACCAAAACUAUCUACAUGGCUGGAUACUAGAAGAAGUGAAGCCGGCGCCAUGUUGGAGGCGUCGCUGGGCAGGAACUUCUCCCACAGCACCUUCGUGUUCAGAGGUUUUCCAGAGCUGCAGAAACACCGCCGGCUGCUGGCGCUUCCGUUCUCCGCCUCCUACCUGUCGGUGCUGCUGGGAAACUCUCUGCUGGUGUACUUGAUCCACAGCGUGGAGAGUCUGCACAGCCCCAUGUACCUCCUCAUCUGCACACUCUGCGUCGUCGACGUCCUCGUGGUGACCACCAUCAUCCCCAACAUGCUCCUCAGCCUUCUGUUCGAUUGGGACGAGAUCUCAUUGGCUGGCUGCUUGACUCAGAUGUUCUUCACUCACUUCCUGUCCUCGUUGGAGUCAACUUUGCUGCUGGCGAUGGCGCUGGACCGCUACGUGGCCAUCUGCCAGCCGCUGCGCUACACCAAAAUCAUCGACUCCUCCAUGUUCGUAAAGCUGCUGCUCUUCACUCUGGUCCGCAGCGGCUCCAUCAUGGCGACGCUGGUUGGUUUGGCAGGUUCGCUGCGGUUCUGCGGCUCCAACACGAUCCAGCACUGCUAUUGUGACCACAUGGCGCUGGUCAGCCUGGCAUGUGAUAGCACAGAGAAAAAUAGUGCGGCGGGGCUCGCUGUGAUCAUCUGCUUUGUGGGCAUGGACAUACCGCUCAUCUUCUUCUCCUACAUGAAGAUCCUGAGCGUCGUCUUGCAAACGACUGCGGCCAGCGAGGACCGCUGGAAGGCGUUUCACACCUGCGGCACUCACCUGAUGGUCAUGAUGUGUUUCUACCUGGUGGGUAGCAUCACAUUCCUCUCUCACAACCUGAACAUCCGCAUACCGACGGACGUCAACACCUUCAUGGGACUCAUGUACAUUCUGUUCCCAGCGACAAUCAACCCCAUCAUCUACGGUGUUCGGACUAAAGAAAUUAGAAACAGCUUUUUUAGGAUUUUUAAACUCAGAGCGAAGACGAUAAUGACGGUGAAAGUUUCUCCUGCUGGAAAAGGACAAAUGUGACAAAGUUUUCUGCUCCAAGUAAAACCAAGUUUAAGAGGCUCCUGGUCUUAAAGUAACAAAAUUAGUCAGGAGUAAUUUUGUCUGGUAUAUAUUUUUUAUUUUUUGUUUUAAAUGUACAAUGACCAAUUGCAUGGUGGCUAAAUUCAAUCGAGUUCACUUUUAUUUAUAUAGCGCCAAUUCAUUCCCCGGGGUGGAAGACAUGUUGCGACCGACAGUCGCUCAGUUUCUCCAGUAGCAGGCAAAAAUCUUUUUUCAGGAUCUCAGAGCCAGUCUUCCUUCGCAGAAUAUCAAAAGACCCGGCGUGGAUAAUCCUCGUUACUUGUGUAGAGAGGAUAAGUGGCUACAGCGCUGUUCGCUCCCUGACAGAUGUGUCAGCCUCACACACUGGUGGGUUGUUCCUCCGAUUAGCGCAGGGGUCCUCUGGCUCAGCACAAACACUAGAGGCCAUCUUCUCCUUCUUGUGAUUAAAAAAAAUAUGGUGGUAGCCUCCUGUGUCUUUCAUAAAUGAAGUCCCAGUGAUUUAUAAGCAUCCAGGAUCCGCAAAAGAAUGUAAGCAAAGUGGAGAGCAAGCAGCAAAGCGUCUGCACUGUAAGAGAGCAGAUAAAAGUCGCUGUGGAUAUUCCUGCUCCUGUCAAACGUGUG